CUGCUAAAUAAAGGUGGCACGUGGGCUUGGAACGAAAACAAACUUCUAAAUUUUACACUUUUAAAUUGUUAAUCAUGCUGAAAAGAGUCUUGGGACCAUUGAAAACAAUUAGAGCAGUUGGUGAGAUAACACGAUGUUAUUGUGAAGCUGCACAACCAGAGAUGGGAGAAAGGAGAAUGGCUUCGGAGAAGUGUAUCAAUCAAGUCAAUCUAAUGGGCCGGGUUGGACGUGAUCCAGAAGUCCGGGGCAGCGAAGACAAACCUGUGAUUGUGUUCACAUUGGCCACAAACACCUCAUACCCAAAAGACAACGAGUUUAUCACGCGGACAGACUGGCAUCGGAUUAGUGUCUUUAAUCGAAAUGUCGUUCAAUCAGUUGCCAUGAAUAUUAGAAAAGGUGACCGCCUGUUUGUGAAUGGUAAAAUCCGUUACGAUGAUUACAUGGACCAGAGGACGGGCCAGAAGACAAGAAGCUGUUCUAUUGUUGCUAAUGAGGUUGUGAAUCUAACAAAGAAAUAUCUCGAAGAUAGCAGUGAAUUUGAAGAAAAUUAAGAGUGGAGUACAGGAAGCUGAGAUACCUUUUUUGUUCCUUGAUUUUAUGUGAGAGGUCAGGACAACUGCGUCUUCAAAUCGAUUCCAAGAGAAAUGACUGAAGCUUUCGCGCAAAACUGCCAUUGCCACCAAAAAGUGCUUCUUUGGACUUGGAUUCUCAAAACUUUUUUAAGAUGACCAUUCAAUUACAAGCUUAAAAUCAGCUGCUGUGAUUUUUUUAAUUGUUUUAGAGCUGUAUUCAACUGAUGUAUGGAGAAGAAAUCACACAAAUAUCAGACUACAAUUAUUUUGAGGAGAACUCUUUAUGUCUCUUCGUCCCGCCACCUAUCGCUACCCGCUAAUAUCGAGCAAAUCAUGUGACAAUGUAUCACUUAUGCCAAGUUAUAGACUUGAAUUAACCCACUCUGCCCUGGCAAUGAUGGAAAUGUUGUUCAAAACUCUUAUCUACAAAGUGUUGGAUAAAUAUUUUCUCCUUAUUCAUCAUUUGGGUAUUGUAGACCCUAUACAAGUUCUACUGGUGGAGUUGUUUUCUGUACAAUGGUCAAGUCAUGUGGUGUAUGUGACAAUAAAUCAAAAAUGAUUUUAA